AUGACAUCUAUUCCUGCAUACCCGCAGAAGGCCCAUCACGGCAUCUAUAUCUGCGCACCCGCAGAAGGCCACACACUGGCGUUCAUACCUGCCUACGUGCAGAAGGCCAUCAUGGCACCCAUGCUGUCGCAGUGCAGGCUGUAUACCGACCGGCAUGUGGGUCUUCUCCAAUUGCUCGCUUUCCUUUACUUCCCUUCCUUUCCCCCUUCCUUUGGUCUCUCCUCUUCCACCCUUUUCCUUUCCCCCUUCCUUUCCACUCUUCCUUUUUCACCGUUCUUUCUCCCGGUUUUUAUUAUUCGCAUCGCCAGGCUCCGGUAG